UGUCUCGUGGGAAGGUAAACAAAGCAGUGAGGUGAGCAGUGAGCGACUGGCGAUCACUGCUGUACUGUCACUUCAAGAACUGCUGCCACCAGUGGUAUUAGUAUUACUGCUGAAAACCUGCUUGAACUGUCUGCCUCUCGUAGAACUGGAAGCAGCUAUAUUGAACUCAGCAGUCAGUUUCUACACGUUCCUGUUCUUGGAAGGAAUCGCCCCAGUCAGUCCAUUCACCAUUGUGGCACUAUAGCGUGGGUUCAGGUUGGUGUGUGCUGGUGAUCACAAUGUUGAGUCUGAAGCUACUGAAGGAGGAGAUAGCAGCCAAGAAGCGCUCACUGGAGGAGAGCAAUUUGGUGGAGGGUGAGAAGAAGUUCUUCAAACGUGGUGACCUUGUGGCGCAGCAGACAGAAGCCUACUGGGAGCGCUGUGGCAACCGUCCAGGCAGCAGUGCUCCUGGUCAGCAGGUGUCAGAUGGUAAUGGUGGUGAUGGGAAUGCCUCCUCAGCCCAGGACACUGUGAACGACGAGGACGAUGCGCCAGAGUUGCCUCGGCAGGAGGUGGUGCGGCGGCUUAGGGAACGUGAGGAGCCUGUGCUGUUGUAUGGGGAGAGUGAACACGACGCGUUCCGUCGGCUACGACGGCUGGAGAUCCUGGAGCCAGAGGUGAACCGUGGGCUGAGGAAUGACUUCCAGGAGGCUCUGGAGCGUGUGGACCAGGCGUACCUGAAUGAGAUCCUGAAGACUGAGGGAGGGGAGGCAGCACGCAAUGUAGCACUGACCGGUGAAAAUAUCACCAUGGCCAGCGUGAUAGAGAUGGCCAAGGACCUGCAAGGCACGGCAGCAACGAAUGAGCUGCGCUGCAAAGUGAUCAUGAAGUUUGCUCAGUUGAUCUUACAAAUGUGGGGCAGUCGACACAACGCUCGUCCAGAGGGAGAGAAGAUGAGCGUGCGUGGUAAGAUGGACUCUGCCACUUACAACCAGACUCAAGCCUACCUCCGCCCACUCUUCAAGUGUCUCCGCAAACGCUCCCUGCCCGACGACAUCAUGGAGUGUCUCAUUGAGAUUGUUCAGCACUGUCUGGACCGUGACUAUGUCAAAGCCAAUGAUGCAUACCUCCAGAUGGCCAUUGGCAACGCUCCCUGGCCCAUUGGUGUGACCAUGGUGGGUAUCCAUGCACGUACUGGCCGAGAAAAGAUUUUCAGUAAGCACGUGGCCCAUGUGCUGAACGACGAGACACAGAGGAAGUACAUCCAGGGCCUCAAGCGACUCAUGACCAAGUGCCAGCAGUACUUCUCAGCUGAUCCAUCCAAGUGUGUAGAGUACAAGGCUCUCGCUCAGUGACCCUGGUGCUGCCUCUUGCCUCUGAGCCCUGCCAGUGCCUCUGCUAUCCUUGGCAGUAUUUGGGAUGUUGUGUGGUGGUAGGCAGUGCAAGUCUCCAGUUCUUUAGUUUGCACAUUUUUAUCAUCUUCACCUCAGUUAUCAGAGAUCAAUGUGUCGUUCCAUAUCCUCGUCGUCUCUGUCAUCACUGUUGCUCUCUCUCUCUCUCUCUCUCUCUCUCUCUCUCUCUCUCUCUCUCUCUCUCUCUCUCUCUCUCUCUC